AUGCACGAAAUACCAAAAGGUCUGGUGUUUGCCAUUUACUAUCCUGUCCUUGCUGUGAUUGGAGUUCCAGCUAACCUGGCAGUUGUUGUGAUCCUGUCUCGAAGAAGAUGUGGACCUUCUGGAUGUAUCACUUAUUACCUGGUGUCCAUGGGGGUGACAGACUUCCUCGUUAUGGUAACGGCUGUAAUAUUAAACCGGAUUGCUGGUAUUUACUUCCCAUCCAGUUUUCUCUCAAUCACACCAGUGUGCCGUUUUCGCGCUGCCUUAAAUAUGGCAGCCAUUGACUGUUCUGCCUGGUUAACGGUCGCUUUCACCUUUGAUCGUUUUAUUGCCAUUUCCUGUCAGCAGCUGAAAAUAAAAUAUUGCACUGAGAAGAUGGCAUCGUGUGUUAUAGGAAUCGUGACCUCACUCAGUUGUAUAAAAAACAUUUUUAUAUAUUUGCAACUAGAACACAGGUACAUCAUUAACAAUAUACCUUGGUUCUGUGUCAUAAAAGCAAUAUACUAUACAUCACCUGCAUGGGCGGCAUAUGACUGGAUUCGAUCUAUUUUAAACCCUUUUCUCCCAUUCAUUCUGAUUUUACUGCUCAAUGCCCUGACAGUUAGACACAUUCUAGUGGCUAACAGAACCCGUCAGAAACUCCGGAACAAAGGCAAUGGAGACAAUAAAAGUGAUCAAGAGGUGGAAAAACGAAGAAAAUUGAUUGUCUUGCUAUUCGCCAUCUCAGGCAGUUUCCUUCUUUUGUAUUUGUUAUUUUUUGUCAAUAUCCUUUACGUUCGAAGUGCAAAUCUUACUUAUUCGGCAGGUUCCAAUUUGCAAAAUUCCACCUUGUUUAUAGAACAGAGCGGAUAUAUGCUUCAGUUGUUGAGCUCAUGCAUUAACCCAUUUAUUUAUGCUAUGACCCAGAGCAAAAUCAGACAUGAGUUAAAAAAUGGGGUGAAAUAUCCUCUCAUCAUAAUCAUUAAACUUUGUAAAUUCUGA